AUGCGCAGCAUCUGUCGACUGUCUCGAAGAUGGCACCAACAGUUCUGUCUGUCGCCGAGUUUUGCGGGACAUCAACUCUGCCUGCAACAUCUCCAACCCAUUCGACAGUACCGGCAGACCGCUCGCUCACGUCCUCCUCAACCGCGCAAGCCGCCCGCUGCGUCUGUGGCGCAGGCCGAUAUCCAUGAAUUCGAACAGCAGGGCACGGAUGCGUCCACCAGGCUGCCGGUCCGAGACCUGCUCGAUGAUGAAACACAUGCCUUGAAGGCCGAGUUGGACAAACUGGAUCGCGAACUCGCGGUCAUGCGAGAAGGCCCUUUCGGACCCAACAGCGAGUUCAUGCGGUCUUUCCCCGUUAACGAGAGGGAGGAACUGCUGAAGGCACUUGAAGAAGAGGGUGUCAUGCCGCCCGAAGAUCUGGAUCUGGUGUCUGAGGAAGAUUUGGAGGAUUUGGCGAAAGAGGAGGAGGGAAAGAAACAAGCCACAACGUCGAAAUCCGCCCUCAAGGUGACCCUGAGCAUCCCCAUCAGAGACAAGAUAUACGUCAAGCGGUUCAACACGGCAUUGGAUUCCGCACAACAGAAGAACGACGAGAAGACCUAUUUCACCCUGUGGAAAUGGUAUCUCCGGUGCCAGCAGCACGUUUCCAACUUUGCCCUGAUCCUGCCCGAGGAUGUGUGGCAUUUCCUCUGGAAGUCGCAGAGCACGAUCUACUACAGGCCCAAACACCUCCAGAUGUUGGGCAAGGACAUGAUGAUAGCAGAUGUGCCGCUGGAAGACAAGGAGUGGAUCGAAUAUAUCGAUGCGUUGCAAGCCGUAGGGAAUAUCGCCGCUGCUGCAGAAGCCUGGGAAGCACAGAGGCCUAGGUUGGGUCUCACAGAGGAUCUUGCCGAACUGUUCUGGACCACCGGUGUCCGUCUGUAUGUGCAACUUGGGAAGCCGCAGAAGGCACAGCGUCUAGCUUUUGAGUGCUACGACCACACGACGAUGAUUGAUCCCGAAGUCCUGGUCAUGGUUAUUUCUGCCUGGGCCAAAAGUCAAAAUCCCUCUGCCGCCUCCAAGACGUGGUUUUGCUAUCUGGAGCUGCGGAAGCGGCUGGAGGGCAGAGAAGACCAGAAGACAACGUUGGACGUUCUGGGUCGAGUUAGCAGUACCCUCCUCGAUGCUGGCCGCACCGAUCUCGCUCUGGCAGCCUUCAAAGACAUGUUCAUGCUUACAGCCAAGUCGCCAACAGACUCGCUGAGGGUGUUCCGGGAGCUUAGCAAAAAGGCAAGUCAAUCUCCAUCGUCACCGAGUGAGCAUCUCGUCAGCCAGAUCGGGCUCUCUUCUCUGGCGCUCUUUCCCCGCAACUUCCACAACAAAUAUUUCUUUGCGGCCUGGAUCAAGUGGCUUCUUGGUGAGGGGAGAACAGACGAGGCUUCCCUGGUUGUCGACCUUAUGUACGAGCGUGGGAUUAGACCGGACGCUGGGCCUCUGAACGGCCUCAUAGCAGCUUGGUUUCGUCAAGGCUCGCCAACUGCCCGCCAAAAGGCUGAGGAGACCGCAUGGGCCAUGAUACAGUCCCGAGUUGAAUUGGUUCAGAAGCGACUGUCGGAGGCAGACAAUCCCGGUGCUACAAACUUAGCCUCCAGCAUUGAAGGCCGACGAACCCCCUUCUUCCUCAAACGGGGGGCCCCGGCUGCAACAAUCGAGACAUUCUCUAUCCUGCUGCAACACUACACUCGCCGCUCGGAUCUAGCCAGUGCCAGCCAUCUGACCGACGUCAUGACCGGCUCGGCUCAGAUCAAACCGAACUCGUUCAUCAUGAACCAUUGGCUGUAUGCUUCACUUCGAUCUGGGCAGAUCCCCGAUGUCUGGAGCAAAUAUUCGACCUUGAAGCAAUCGAUCUCCCCUGACCUUGAGACAUUCGCCGCACUCUGGGACACGGCCAAGAACUGUUAUGCAUUUCCUUACCGACAUCAAGGAGGGUUCCCUCACGCGCGAAUGCUCUUCGCGGAGAUGCAAGAAUGGUUCAGCAGCCUUGAUCCCAAGAAGAAAUCCGCUACGCAAGCAGACUUUUCUUCAGAGCUGUACGAGCAGAUCAUCCGCUGUUUCUGCCUCUCCUCCGACCCUCUCGGCACCCUUUGCGCCCUGCACGGCCUCAGCGAGUCCUUCAACAUGUUGCCGCACGAGGAGGUCAGCCGACUGAUCAUCAUGCAGGUGGCUCGCUCUUUCGCAUCCGACUUCGUGCCACUCUCCGUCCGCGCCCGCGGCCUGCGGAUGAAGAAGAACCUCCAGUACCAAAGCGCGGUAAAGACCCUCACGGAGAUCAUGGUCGCCAUCGGCGACAAGAUGGUGCAAGAGAAAGACGUCGACCCGGAGGCGGUGGAGCAGGUCGACAGUCAGCCCGCGCGAGAGCUUCGGCUCGACGUGCUCUCGGCCUUCCUGUGCCUCGUUGUCGAGAAGAGAAUGAAAGGUGCCGCCGCAGCGGCUGAGGAGGGAGGAGGAGGAGGAGUCCUGGCGCGGGAGAUCCUGCAUGUUGCGGAGGAGAUGAGAACUCCGGUCCCUCCCGAAGCGGUGGUGCUGCGAGACUGGAGCGACGUCGAGGUCUCCAUGUAA